AUGGUUGAUUGGAUAGUCCAGUUUGAUCCACCGGAUGAUCCUAACGACUAUAUUCAUCGUGUCGGUCGAACUGCUCGUGCAGGAAAAUCGGGGAAUGCUCUUCUCAUACUUCGUCCCCAUGAACUUGGAUUUCUAGAUGUUCUGCGCAGCUCUAAAGUCACUCCUGUCGAGUACGAGGUGGCGGCGGGGAAGGUGGCGGAUGUACAACCAGCUCUGGAGAAGCUUAUUUCCUCUAACUACUUUCUGGCAAAUUCCGCACAUGAGGCUUUCAAGGGCAUUGUUCGGUCCUACAAUUCCUCUAAACUGUCUUGCUUCAAUGUCAACGAACUGGAUUUAGCAGCUCUGGCUAAGACUUGUGGUCUCCAGAUUGUCCCCAAAGUAGAUUUGGGAGUGGAGCCAUCGAUGAAAUUUGAUGCGAAACGAAUGAAGCGGAAGGCCUUCGGGGCUGUGGCUGUGCGAGCUGCAAAGAAAAACAGGCUUUACAAAAAACUGCGGUAG